GAGGCCUAAAGUGCUGCUGGGUAGUCGAAGUACUGUAAAAGCUGCAGAUUUAAAGAGCGACGUCAUGUUUAUGUUACAUACAGUUCUAUGCUUUGUUACAACGCCAUUGUAUGCUAUAUGUGCAACGUAAGUUAGUUAUUAAGGGCUGUCGGAAGAUGAUGUUUUGUGUGGAGUCAUUACAGUUUAUGGCUAUAUGUUGUGUCAAAUACAUUUAAUGGUUCUGUUAGUCCAACAUUUUGAACGAAAUAAUGUUCCUGCUAAAACGCUUAUAUAUUUGAAUGUGCAAGAAUGAGUUCAUCGGAAGACAAACGCACCUUACGAUUGCGAAAAAAUCCUGAAAGAACUUGUCGUAUCAUUGCUGAAGUUCUAGCAGAAUUGAACCGGCCUACUUCCACUAAGGGUAACCCCAAAGCACCCAUUGAACCUCACGAUUCCCCUGGUGCCAGCCUAAUCAAACUUGCACCAAAGAAAAAAACAAGAGGAAAAGUAACAAAGCCUGUCAGCCAGCAAACCCUUGCUGACCCUAAAGUGUUUUUGGCCCAACCUAUUAGUUUAGAGCUCAGAACUCAAAGAAUAGCUACAAAUGGAAAUGUUUCUUCCAAUGCAAAGGACAAUGAGAUGUUAGUGCCUCGACAACCUGCUCCAUGUCUUAUAAAGCCAAAAAAAAGACGACAGAAGGAAAGCUGGAGUAAAAGAAAUCAGCCUUCUCAGAAGGUAGUCAUCUUAAGUACCAGAUCUGACACGUGUAAUGAAGAAUAUUCUGAGGAAUCAACUGAGUUGGAUAGUUGCCCCAGAGCUGUGGACUGUUACUCAGCAGAGACCAAGGAAAUGCCCCAAAGAAAAGCCAAAGUAAAACGUUCAUUUGCACACAGAUCAAGUGCUGUGGGUGACCAAGUCCCUGUGAAAACUGGCGCUGCCAUUCACACACAUUCUACACUAGGUACCAGCAUUGAGCUGGAACCAUCUGCAUCUCACAGUUUCUCUGCACUGGACCCAUGCACACCGAAGGGGCGCCGUCACCGAGCCGGUCUUUGCUUCGGUUCCACCCCGUUGGGCAGCACUUGUCUUCCAACCCUGCCCAGCAUUACAGAGAGUGGACAAUGCACUUCAAUAAAUGGCAAUCAGAAUGAGCUGAAGAUUUGUUCAGUAAAGCGGGGUAGACCUCGGAAGCCUCAAGUGCCACAGAAGUCUGUACCUCAGCGGAAGAAGAAGGAGCAGCAGGAGUUGUGCACUGCACUGUUUGUGAAACGGCUCAGGAAGAACGCAGAGCCACCCCAGAAUUCAUCUGGUAGCCAGGCAAUUCGCCACGUCCGGCCACGUUUUGAGCUCCAAGACUUUGCUCUCCAUGAACCAGAGCAGACGCUGCCUUCCGACCUGUCCAUUAAGUUGUGUGUGCAGGAGGAGGAGCCUUAUCCCCUCGAGCCUUCCCUUUCCCUGCAGGAGGAUGAAGAAGAUGAGGAAGAUGAGGAGCUGCCUAGUUUCUUACAGCAGAACAGUCAAAAGUCUUCAUUAAUUAGAGAAGGACUGUUGGUGUGGUGUAAACUGAGGAAGUACCCAUUCUGGCCAGCCAUGGUUAAAAGUGUAAACCACAAGAACAAAAAAGCCAGUAUCGUGUUCAUUGAUGGACUUCUCUUAGAUAAGAAGACAGUUAAAAAGGGCUUUUCUGUGUCCUUGAGAACCUUGAAGCCAUUUGACUGUGACGACUCAGAGCUUUUUCUGGACUUGGCCAAAGAGAAGUAUGGCGAUAUCAUUACCUGGUGUCUGGAUCUCAUAUCGGAUUACAGAAUUCGCAUUGGAUGUGGUUCUUUUGUUGGCUCCUUCAUUGAAUACUUUGAUGAUGAUAUCAGUUGCCCAGUGAGGAACAAAUAUCCUAAGGUGUCUUCAUCUGAGUUGACGUUCCCUAGCCAGGAACUGCUAAGUGAGCAGGGCAAGGGCGAAGUUGAUGGUGCAGGCGAUACCAGGGAAGCUUCUUCCUGCUCUUCCUGCCAAAGCAAGCAGGAAGAGCUCCACUCAAAGAAGGUGCUGCCAGAUCGCACCCUGGCUGCACGGAACCGUGCCAACGAGAGGCUAGUGGACUUCAUCGUUAAGAAACGUGGCGUGGAGAAUCGUUUGUUGGCAGUGAUCAGUGGACAGGAGCCUUCCAAGUGGCGCCAGGCUUUGGACAGCUCCAGCCGUUCUGUGGUGGACGUCUACCUGGAGGACGAGGAGCAGGUAGAUAAGGUCUUUCGCUACCUGCAGAAGCUGUGUGCCACAAGCCGUGAGCUGGGAAACACAGAUCGCAUCCGCUUCAUCCUGGAUGUGCUCCUGCCGGAGGCUCUUACCUAUGCCAUUGCUGGUGUAGAUCACCUCUCCGUUGAUGAGGCUGAGGCUAAGUACCGUCGAGGACCGUGCCAUAGCAACAGAGAACGGCAAGAGUUUGACAUGAGGAUUGAGCAGCAGUUGAAGCUGAAGGCAGCAGGGCCAUCACCAUGAGAACACGGUUACCAGGAAAACGGCUGCUUUCCUGAACUCACCUGAGCAUCUAUGGCCAUUUCUUUGUUUUGCAGAAGAAAUUGCUCUCCAUCUACAUUAAUCCCCCCCCACCUCUACAUUUAAUACUGCAUUUAUAUAUUAAAAAUCAAAGGCAUGUGACUCAGCUGAUCUGCUUUGUCAUAAAUGUGAAAAACUAUUUUUAAUAAAACAAUGGCUUUUAAUUUGUCAGUCAUUAACUCUU